CCGCCGCAUGCGCGGGGCGGGCAGCGCCGCGGCACCAUGGCCGGGUACAGCGUGGAGGAGCGCGGGGCCCCGCACAGCCUGGAGUACCGGCUCUUCUUCAAGGACUCCAGCGGGCGCUACAUCUCCCCGUUCCAUGAUGUCCCCAUCUACGCGGAUGCCGGCGAGAAUGUCUUCAACAUGGUUGUGGAAGUGCCUCGAUGGACAAACGCCAAGAUGGAGAUUGCAACAAAGGAUCCCUUAAACCCAAUUAAGCAAGACGUGAAGAAAGGAAAACUGCGCUACGUCGCGAACGUGUUUCCUCACAAGGGCUACAUCUGGAAUUACGGUGCCAUCCCACAGACUUGGGAAGACCCAGGUCACAAAGAUGAAAACACUGGCUGCUGUGGAGACAACGACCCGAUCGACGUGUGCGAAAUUGGAAGCAAGGUCUGCUCUCGAGGAGAAAUCAUCAAAGUGAAGGUGCUGGGCACGCUGGCCCUGAUUGAUGAGGGAGAGACUGACUGGAAGGUAAUUGCUAUCAACGUUGAGGACCCUGAAGCAGAGAACUAUAACGAUAUCGACGAUGUCAGAAGGAUGAAACCUGGGUACUUGGAAGCUACAGUGGACUGGUUCAGGAGAUACAAAGUACCUGAUGGAAAGCCCGAGAACCAGUUUGCUUUUAAUGGUGAAUUUAAAGACAAGGCUUUUGCUGUGAACAUCAUCAAAAGCACUCAUGAAUACUGGAAAGCUUUGGUAGCAAAGAAAACUGACGGAGGGGAGAUCAACUGCACAAACCUGACGGUGUCUGACAGCCCUUUCUGCUGUAGUCAAGGCUGUGCAAAAGCCACUGUGGAUGCAGCACCACCGUGCAAAGCAGCCAACCCGAUCCCGUCCGAAGUUGACAAGUGGUUCUACUACGAGAAGAACUAAAGACCCAAGGACGGGUGGUGAGGCAGCCACGUCCUUCCCCCUCCCAGGAGGAGUAGACCAGAAAAAUAGCUUCAGUGUCGGCAAGAAGACCUUGCCUGUACCUUUGCCGAGUAGAAUUCCGUGUCUAGCCGUGCCCUGUCUGCUGCACCGAGGUCUUGUGGAGCCCAGACGACAUCAUGUAUCCAGCCCAACCCCCCCCCCGCUCGCGCGUGGCCGUGCAGCGUGUUGUGUUGCGGUGACGGGAGCCCGCUCACCUGGGGCGAAAUAAUAAAAACCAAAAAACAA